AUGUCUAGGGACCGCUUCGACAACCUGACCUCCGCCCUACACUUUGCGAACAACGAAGGGGAGCACGACGCGGAGGACCGUUUGUGGAAGCUGUGCCCUGUGAUUGACGUCUUGGAUUCGACAUACCGUUCCGUUCUCGUGCCCAACCAGAACGUGACUGUCGACGAGAGCUUGUGGGCCUUCAAAGGCAGGCAUCAUGCCCUGCAUAUAAUCCAAGCAAGAGCUCGGAGGGGCUUGAAGGUCUACAAGCUAUGUUCGUCUGACGGUCCAGAGGCAGGGUAUACGGCGGCCUUCAACAUUUACAUGGGGCAGGAUCGCGGCGAGUUUCCAGCGAGUAUGAAGGCCGUCGACGACCUGGAGAAGGCAAAGCUGCUCGACAAGGGGUACCAGUUGUACACAGACAACUGGUCUUCCUCCCCGACUCUCUUCCACUAUCUGCAGGCCCAGAAGACCAUCACCAUUGGAACAGUAGGUGCCAACAAGCGGGGUAUGCCCUCGGACCUGCAGGCGAGUCGGGGGACACAUCGACUUCCAUAG